AUGGAGGAAUGUGCAUGGGGAAUGGGGGAAUGUGCAUGGGGCAUGGGGGAAUGUGUAUGGGGGAAUGUGCAUGGGGAAGUGUGCAGAAUGUGCAUGAAGGAACGUGCAUGGGCCAUGGGGGAUGUGUAUGGGGGAAUGUACAUGGGGGAAUGUGCAUGGGUGAAUGUGCAUGGGGGAAUGUGCAUGGGGGAAUGUGCAUGGGGGAAACGUGCAUGGGGGAAUGUGCAUGGGGGAAUGUGCAUGGGGGAAUGUGCAUGGGGGAAACGUGCAUGGGGGAAUGUGCAUGGGGGAAUGUGCAUGGGGGAAACGUGCAUGGGGGAAUGUGCAUGGGGGAAUGUGCAUGGGGGAAUGUGCAUGGGGGAAUGUGCAUGGGGGAAUGUGCAUGGGGGAAACGUGCAUGGGGGAAUGUGCAUGGGGGAAUGUGCAUGGGGGAAUGUGCAUGGGGGAAUAUGCAUGGGGGAAACGUGCAUGGGGGAAUGUGCAUGGGGGAAUGUGCAUGGGGAAAUGUGCAUGGGGGAAACGUGCAUGGGGGAAUGUGCAUGGGGGAAUGUGCAUGGGGGAAUGUGCAUGGGGGAAUGUGCAUGGGGGAAUGUGCAUGGAGGGGCGGCGUACAGUGUGUCGGUGCGAGUAAAAGUCAUUGUCUCCUGCAAUGCUCCCACUGCCACCUGA